AUGUCGGAAUACUGGAAGUCGACGCCCAAAUACUGGUGCAAACAUUGCAGUGUCUACGUCCGAGACACCAAGCUCGAGCGCGCAAACCAUGAAUCCACAGCGAAGCACCAAAGCGCCAUCAAGCGCUCUCUACGAGAACUGCACCGCAGCGCCGAACAGCAAGAGCGCGAAAAGGAGCGGGCAAAACGAGAGGUCGAACGGCUAAACGGUGUCGUUUCGGGAAGCAGUAGCAGCAGCAAUGCGCAAGGCCCAGGGCGAUCAGGACUAAAGCAGGGAGGAGGAGGAGCUUAUGGCGCGUCAUCGCAGCAGGUCACACAAGCGGAGCGACAGAAGCAGCUGGAACAGCUUGCCGAGCUCGGCGUGAAUAUUCCGACGGAGCUCAGAGGGAGCAUGGCAAUGGCCGGGGAGUGGACCGUGGCGUCGACAAGAGUCAUCGAAGAUGAUCAACACAAAGUGGAAAGUGGCGAGGUCAUCUCGCCUGAAGGCCGUGUCAUCGGGGUAAAACGGGAGAGGGAACGGACCGAGGAGGAGAAGGAACAAGAGGAGGCCAUCAAAGGGCUAUUCCGGAAACGACGUAAAUGGGGCGUCGACUCCAAGACGAUGCCCGGUGAGGGGGACGCCGAGCUCGAUGCGCUAUUAAGCAUGCCCCUUGUCAAGACUGAGAAAGAACAGAGCGAAACGCCACAUAUCAAGAAGGAAGAGAGCAUGGAGGAGGCACCUGGGGAUGACGCUCCAAAGUCGUCGAAACAGGAAUCACCGCCACCUAUCAAGGAGGAGCCGCAAGAGGACGGAGGCGUCGGUGCCGUCCCGACAAAUGGGAGAACAGCGGAUUCUGCCACCGCUACGGGGGAAACAGGAGAAGCAGGCGGGGUCACUGUGAUGUUCAAGAAAAGAAGGCCUAAAAACGCCUUACGGCAGAAGUAA